AUGAGUGGAACGAGACACGACGAAGCGCCUGAGGUGGCACAUUAUGCCUCUCCAGAAUUUCAUGAGCCGCCUUCCGUACCAGAGGCUGUAGUGCCGGGAACACCCAUAAAACCAGAAGAGUCGACGAAUCCGUCCAUACUGAAUGCGGGUUAUGGUACUUCGCCUUCGCCAUAUGUAUAUCAUGAUCCUCAAUUAGUAUACGGCCCUAUAGAGCAAGAAAGAAGACCGACGACAGUAUGGGGAUGUUCAAUAUUGGUGUUUGUUCUAUCGGCCAUCAUUGCAAUUUUAUCUGCGGCUGUGAUUGGGUUGGCAGCUGGCACAGGCGUCGAAGCUAGCAGGGCGAACAAUGCUGAAGCGAGAUUGGCUUCAAUGACUGGUUCACCGGCGACUGUCACUGUGACUGCUGCAACUUCAUCGCCAUCGGACUUUAGCACUGUUGAUAAAGGAUGCUCUAAGAAUUCGGCUUCAGUGACAGGGACCACUUAUGCAUCUCAAUUCUUCGAUCGGCAAACCUUCAAGAUUUACUGCAACAGCGACGCCCCUAACAACCCAAUCUCGUCACUCUUCGUGGGGAAUUUCGACGAUUGUAUGGACGCCUGUGCUUUCUACACCUACUAUAUCCCUUCCGACUUCCCCACCAAUGCUACAUCUAAUAAUGCUACCUGUGCUGGUGUUAGUUAUAUCCCGGCAUGGACGAAUCGCACAACCGCCCAAGACGGCGGCGCACCAGGCAAUUGCUAUCUUAAACCCGGGCCUCAGAACCAGACAGCAUUGAAUAACCCUAAUAUAGGAGGCUUCGCGGUACACGCAGCGAUUUUAUCAACGUGA